CGUCCACAUCAUCGCCAAACCAAUCUAUCACCAUGGGUAAAGUUCACGGAUCUCUUGCCCGUGCCGGCAAGGUCAAGUCUCAGACUCCUAAAGUUGAGCCUCAGGAGAAGGCCAAGACCCCCAAGGGUCGUGCUCUCAAGCGCCACAAGUACACCCGACGAUUUGUCAACGUCACCCUGACCGGUGGCAAGCGGAAGAUGAACCCUAACCCCGGCUCAUAAACAAAUUUCAACAUGGCUAGGGAAAGAAGGAUUUGAGGAUUGACAACGGGGCCGUUCUCCGAUGGUUGUUUUAUUUCAGCAUAUAGGGAAAUGGAUUGAGUCGGGUCGAUUGGCUGGCUGAGCAUCAUCCACAAUUUGAGAGAUGCGACGAAGCGCGACGACUGUACUCGGCGUCUGGUGUCGUUUGUCAAUAUAACGAAGAUUCGUCCGCGACCACACACG